AUGAUUAGAAAACAAGCCAGAGAAAGACGAGAAUAUCUCUAUCGCAAAUCCCUCCAACUCCAAGAAUCGGCCCUUCUGGAAAAACGUCAACUCCUUAAAACCGCCUUAGCCCUGGGAAAACCCCUUCCCAAAGACAUCGCCGACGACGCCCAACUCCAAAAAGAUUUCAUCUAUGACCAAAGUGAACAAUCCCAACCCGAUAUCGAUGACGAAUAUAGUGCCAUGUCCGGAAUUUCCGACCCCCGAGUCAUAAUCACCACCUCGCGUGAUCCUAGUGUUCGAUUAUUACAAUUUUCAAAAGAAUUAAAAUUGAUGUUUCCUAAUAGUCUUAAAUUAAAUCGAGGGAAUUAUGUCAUUAAUGAUUUAGUGGCGACUUGUUCAAGGGUUCAGAUUUCAGAUAUGGUGGUUUUACAUGAACAUAGAGGUGUGCCUACUAGUAUCACCAUUAGUCAUUUUCCUCAUGGUCCGACGGCGAUUUUUACAUUACAUAAUGUGAAAUUAAGACAUGAUUUACCGGAAUUGGGGAAUGUGAGUGAGGCAUAUCCGAAUUUGAUCUUUGAAGGGUUUGGAACCAAAUUGGGGGAAAGAGUGGUUACGAUAUUGAAACAUUUAUUCCCACCGGGGGUGAAGAAGAAGGAUAGUUCGAGAGUGGUUACGUUUGUGAAUAAUGAUGAUUAUAUUAGUGUUAGACAUCAUGUGUUUGUGAAGACGAAGGAUUCGGUGGAGAUUAGUGAGAUUGGACCCAGGUUUGAAAUGAGGUUGUAUGAGAUUAGAUUGGGAUUGCCGGAUAAUAAAGAUGCUGAUGUUGAAUGGCAAUUAAGAAGAUUUGUUAGAACUGCAAAUAGAAAGAAUUACUUAUAA